AUAAUUUUCCACUAAUUAGUAAUUUUCGAUUUCAAUUGUUUUCCAAACCCCACUAAACCCCACUAAACCCCAAAUCACUCUGUCGUUCCCAGAAAACCCUCCAGCUCCAUUGCCAUCUCUCCCUCCGCGCUCUCCGGCUCACAAUGGUCUCUCAACUAUAUGCACAUGAACAGAAACAAGAUGGAGGUUUGGGAAUGGGACAUUCAAAUGCUUCAGGGGAUUUGUCAUCAGAAAUGGAAGUGGAUGCUUUCAGACGACUUUUCCCUCUUCGCUUUUACGAGCAUCAUCUCGCCGAAUCGAUUCGACCCGAUGGUAGAGCGCUUGGGAAAGCAAGAGAUACAACUAUAGAACUAGGAGCUGUAGCAUCUGCUGAUGGGUCGGCAUUGGCUAAGAUUGGUUUAACCACCAUGUUGGCUGCUAUUAAAAUGGAGGUCAUGACCCCUUCAAAGGAGUCACCAGAUGAGGGAUGCAUAGCUAUUGAUUUCCACAUGCCCCCGAUUUGUUCUCCACUCGUUAGGCCAGGUAGGCCAGCUGAGGCAGAGCCGGUUGUGUCGAAGCAGUUGGCUGAUACUAUAUUAAGUUCUGGAAUGAUUGAUUUAAAGGAUUUAUCAUUGGUCAGUGGAAAGGCUGCUUGGAUGGUUUACUUGGACAUAUAUUGUUUGGAUGCUGAUGGUUCUCUUUUUGAUGCUGCGUUGCUAUCAGCUAUUGCCGCCUUCUCUCACUUGCAGAUUCCUGUAGUUUCUAUGAACGAUGACGGAAAGCUCAUCGUUGUUUCCGAGGAAAAUGGAGAAAAAGAUAUAGUUAAUAAAGAGAAAAGAAAGCUCAGUUUAAACAGGAUUCCAUUUUCCUUGACAUGUGUACUUCACAAGAAUUACAUAUUGGCUGACCCUACUGCAGAGGAAGAGACUAUUUUUGAAACCCUUGUUACCGUGGUUUUGGAUACGUUUGAUCAACUUGUGUAUCUUUACAAGCCAGGUGGACUGGUUCUUGCCUUCACAUCAUCUGUUCAGGAUUGUAUUGCAUUAACCAGGCAAAGAUUGAAGGAACUUCAGAAGAUCUUAGAUGAAUCAGUUUCUGGAAUGGAGGUUGACUAGGUUCACCAGUUCAUCGUCCAAGUGGAUCGUCUCACAGAUGUAUAAAAAUGUUUAUUUACAAUUUUUGGAAUGUAGGAUCGGUUUUCGUUUGAAUGGGGAACUGUGUGUGACGACCCUCCUAUGAGGCCGUCACUGUAGCUUAACUUUAUUUUUUUAACUUGUACUU